AUGUAUUAUACUGGACCAGGAUGCUCAUCUCUUGGAUAUGGAGUCAUGGAAGAACUGGGACCUUUCAGAGUCAAUGGUGAUGGAGUUUCACUAUACAAGAAUGAUUAUUCAUGGUACAAUGAGGCAAAUGUCCUGUUCUUGGAGUCACCAGCAGGAGUUGGGUUCUCAUACUCAAACACAACAUCUGACUACAAAAACGUGGGUGACAACAAAACUGCCUCAGACUCGUACAAAUUUCUUAUAAACUGGCUAGAAAAAUUUCCUGAAUACAAAACCAGAGACUUCUACAUCACCGGAGAGAGUUACGCCGGUCACUACGUACCUCAGCCUGCUUACACAAUCGUAUCUGAAAGGAAUUGCCGUGAGUUGAUUUUGAUCUCGCGUUCAUAUAUGCAGAUUGGGAAUGCCUGGAUUGAUGCCACUACCGGUCACAUGGGUAAAUAUGAUUAUCUGUGGGCACAUGCUUUGAAUUCUGACGAAACCAAUGCAGGAAUCAACAAAUAUUGCGAUUUCGUUACGUUUAAUUACUCAGAUGCAUGUGAAAAGUAUCUGAAUAAAUCACAUGAGGAGGUUGGAAAUAUUGAUUACAAUAUCUACGCUCCUUUUUGCAAUUCAGAAUCAAAACCUGCAGGCAAUACAAUGUUGAUUGUACAUGAUCAUCUGCAGGCAUAUGAAUUUGAUCCAUGCUCUGACAACUAUGUGCAAACCUACCUAAAUCUUCUGGCAGUUCAAGUAGCUCUUCAUGUUAGACCCACACAAUGGUCAGCUUGCGGUGAUGUUGUCUGGACGGACAGCCCAAUAACCGUCCUCCCCAUAAUACAAGAGCUCAUAGCUAAUGGAAUCAGAUUAUGGAUAUAUAGUGGAGAUGUUGAUUCGGUAGUAGCAGUGACAACUACGAGAUACGCCAUAAACACGCUGAAAUCAAAGACUGAGACUCCAUUUCAAGCAUGGUACUCUAGCACCGAUGAGGUUGGUGGAUAUGUGAUUGAGUACGAGGGGUUGGUAUUUGCAACAGUAAGGGGAGCAGGCCAUGAGGUUCCAAGCUACCAACCAGAGCGAUCACUCACCUUGUUCUCAGCUUUCAUUAAUGGAACACCACUUCCUUCAUCUUGAUCGAUCAGGAUAA